AUGCCCAAGCACUUUGAGAGAUCAUCUAGCUGAGUCGUUGAAACCCAUUUAACUGUCACCCAGAAGCUCAUCUUCUUCAACCUCGAAAUUGCAAGAGCCUCGAGAGAAGUGGCAGCUUCAUGAGAUUCUGCAAUCAGAGAAAAGACAUUUCCUUAGUGCAAUUCUUCACAAGAUAGCCAAGACUGAAAUCUCCUAUACCCAAAGUCCGUAUACCUGAAGCUUUUGGUGUUCCUGCACUAGCUCAAAACAAAUAUACACAAAUACCAGAGUUUCACAAAGUUUAGCAAAAAAAAAGCUAGUACAAGGGCAUUUAUCGCCCAACCAUGGAUCCACAUGUAACAAAAAACCAGCAAGAUGACUAUAAACUGAAGGACACGCACCCGAAGCUCGGAGAGCGCUGGCCACAUGGAGGGAUGCGUGGAGGAGGUGGAUGGAUUAGCAGCGACAGGGCUACAAGCACUUAUGAUCUUGUUGAACAGAUGCAUUAUCUAUAUGUUCGAGUUGUUAAAGCCAAAGAUCUUCCCCCAAACACUGUAACUGGAAGCUGUGAUCCAUAUGUAGUAGUGAAACUUGGGAAUUUUAAAGGGAAAACUCAACGCUUUGAGAAGAAAACGAACCCCCAGUGGAACGAAGUUUUCGCAUUCUCAAAAGAGAAGAGUCACUCUUCUGAUCUUGAAGUUUUUGUCAGAGAUAGAGAGCUGGUGGGCAGAGAUGAUAUUAUAGGGAAGGUGACUUUCGACAUGAAUGAAGUGCCAACAAGGGUUCCACCAGAUAGCCCUUUGGCACCUCAAUGGUAUAGACUAGAGCACCGGAAAGGUGAGACCAAGGUGAAAGGAGAAAUUAUGCUAGCAGUUUGGUUGGGUACACAAGCCGAUGAAGCUUUCCCAGAGGCAUGGCAUUCAGAUGCUGCUUCAGUUGAGGGCGAGGGCAUUUUCAGCGUCAGAUCAAAGGUUUAUGUUUCGCCUAAACUUUGGUACCUCAGAGUCAAUGUAAUUGAAGCCCAUGAUGUAGUAUCACAUGACAAAAGUCAGCACCCACAGGUUUCAGUGAAGGCUCAAGUUGGAAACCAGAUGCUGAAAACAAAGUUAUGCCCAACCAGAACAACCAGUCCAUUGAAUGAAGAUCUAAUCUUUGUUGCUGCUGAACCUUUUGAAGAAGAUUUUGCUGUUGAAAACCAUUUUAGUGCUUCAAAACAUGAACUUGUGGGGAAAAAAAGCUUGCCGCUGACCAUCUUUGAGAAGAGAUUGGAUCACAGGCCAGUACAUUCUCGAUGGUUUAACCUCGAAAAAUUUGGGUUUGGUGCAUUGGAGGGAGAUAAGAGGCACGAGCACAAGUUUUCAACCAGGAUUCAUCUCAGAGCCUGUCUUGAAGGUGCUUACCAUGUACUAGAUGAAUCAACUAUGUAUGUAAGUGACACAAGGCCCACUGCUCGGCAGCUAUGGAAGCAUCCUAUUGGAAUCCUUGAAGUGGGUAUUCUAAGUGCACAAGGACUUCAGCCAAUGAAGAAGCCAAAGGAUGGCCAAGGAACCACAGAUGCUUAUUGUGUGGCCAAGUAUGGACAAAAGUGGGUAAGAACCAGAACAAUUCUUGAAAGCUUUAGCCCAAAAUGGAAUGAGCAAUAUACUUGGGAGGUUUAUGACCCUUGCACGGUGAUCACAUUGGGAGUUUUCGACAACUGCCACUUGGGGGGAAGCGAGAAAUCGGCAGCUGCCAGGGACUCGAGAAUCGGAAAGGUAAGAAUCCGACUAUCUACCUUGGAAACAGAUCGAAUUUAUACACAUUCUUACCCACUUCUUGUUCUACAAUCAUCUGGACUGAAGAAGAUGGGAGAACUCCAAUUGGCCUUUAGGUUCACUUGCUUGUCUUUGGCAAAUAUAAUAUACCUCUAUGGACACCCUUUACUCCCAAAGAUGCACUAUCUCCAUCCUUUCACUGUAAGCCAAUUAGACUUUUUGAGAUAUCAGGCCAUGAACAUUGUAGCAGUAAGGCUUGCCCGCGCCGAGCCUCCACUAAGGAAAGAAGUCGUGGAAUACAUGCUCGAUGUGGAUUCCCACAUGUGGAGCAUGAGAAGAAGCAAAGCCAACUUCUUUCGAAUUGUUUCGCUAUUUUCGGGUGUAAUCUCUACGAGCAAAUGGCUUGGUGAAGUUUGUCACUGGAAGAACCCAGCCACUUCAAUUCUAGUCCACGUCCUACUUUUCAUAUUGAUUUGCUACCCUGAGUUGAUACUCCCAACGAUAUUCCUUUACAUGUUUCUGAUUGGGCUAUGGAAUUUUCGGUUCCGGCCAAAGCAUCCACCACACAUGGAUAUCAAACUUUCAUGUGCUGAAGCAGUUCACCCUGAUGAAAUGGAUGAAGAGUUCGACACGUUCCCUACAUCAAAACUUCCUGAUGUAGUACGGAUGAGGUAUGAUAGGCUUCGAAGUGUUGCUGGGAGAAUUCAAACUGUGGUAGGAGACAUUGCAACACAGGGGGAAAGAUUUCAUGCUCUACUUGGCUGGAGAGAUCCUAGAGCGAGCAGUCUCUUCAUAGUCUUCUGCCUUUGUGCAGCACUGGCACUUUAUGUUACACCCUUUAAGAUAGUGGUUUUGGUUGCUGGCUUAUAUUUACUACGACACCCGAGAUUUCGAAGCAAAAUGCCCUCAGUUUCCAGCAAUUUCUUCAGGAGAUUGCCGGCUCGAGCUGAUAGCAUGCUAUGAAUGGAGUCUGUAUACCAAUUCUAAUUUUGUGUCUUUAAACAUCUUGUUCCUAUGUAUUGAUAUGGAUUAUGGGUUUUCUGGUAUUUAAAUUCCUAAUUUUGUCUUUCAUUGAAAUGAAAAUGUAGCACUUCAUUUCACUGUAAAUGCCCUUUACAGAAAGAGUUUUUAUGGCAAUUACAUAAACUUUGAACUACAAAAACACAAAAUAUCGCAUCCGACUACUUGAAUUGAAAUUUUCAGUAAUCAAUAGUAGAAAAACAGAAUUUCAUUGAAAUCAUCAAUAAUGCCCUUUAAAAAAAAACCCAAAAGAAAAAACAAAAAGAUUCACCAUGCCAAUACGAUUACUCCAUACUAUCAUAUAUUGAAAAAACAUGAAAUUUUAAUAUAUAGUAAAAGGUACAAUUUUUAAAUAUUUCCAAUCAUGAAUUUUUGCUUUCAAAAAUUGCCAAGCAAAUGAAAUAAAAUUCAGCUGAGCAGUAAACAUCAAUACAUGGAAUCAAGAUCAAAUCCAUAUGCUUAAGUUCAUCAGUAUCAGUGACACUAAAAUAGAAUUUCAUUGAAAUCAUCAAUAAUGCCCUUAAAAAAAAAAAAA